AUGUCAUCUUUUACCUGUAAUUCAUGCGGCCUCCAGUUCUCCGCGAUAGGAGGUCAGAGAGAGCAUAUGAAGACCGACUGGCAUAGUUACAAUCUUAAGAGAAGAGUUGCACAACUGCCUCCGAUCAAUGAAGCCACUUUCAACGCAAAGGUUAAGGCCUUUGCGGAACAAGACUCCGAACCCGAGAAACAAAAGCAGAUGACCAAAAAGGAAGCCAGGAGGCGCGAGAAAGAAGCGCUCCUCGCCAAGAAGAAAGCGCUGCUGGAACAGGCUAGAGAGAGUAUUUUGAACAACAUGCAGAAGGAGGGAAAUGAGGCCUCCGAGAGUGGACCUAGCGAGCAGGCCGUCGAGGCUCCACAGAAGGAGGGCGAGCAAGAAGCCAGCGAGGCCCCUGAUUCGACAUUGACACCCGAUCAGCUUGCCGAACAACUCAUGCAACAAAAGCUCGAAAACAAGGUCGACAUUCCACUCAAUGUUUGUCUGUUCUGCACUCGCAAGCGUGAGUUUGCGGAUCUCGACUCGAACCUCGACCACAUGUUCAAGAACCACGGCUUCUAUAUCCCUGAACAAAAGUACCUAGUGGACAAAGCAGGGCUUGUGAAAUAUAUGUCCGAAAAAAUCGGCUUGGGUAACGUCUGCCUUGUCUGCAGCUAUCAAGGAAGAUCCUUGGAGGCUGUACGUGCUCACAUGCUGUCCAAGAGUCACUGCCGUGUCCCUUACGAGUUGGAGGAUGAGAGACUCGAAAUCUCAGAAUUCUACGAUUUCUCUGGCACCUAUGGCGACCAAGAGACCCCUGUGGUCAGGGCCGAGGCUGCCGGUGAGGACGGAGAAUGGGAAGACGUUGAUUCUGAAGAGGACGGCGAGCAAGCCAGCGAUGAGGACCUACCACAGGAUUAUAUUUACAACGACGGUGUAGAGCUGCACUUACCUACAGGUGUCAAGGUGGGCCACAGAUCUCUUCAGAAAUACUACAGACAGAAUCUGAAACCAGAGUCUGUACUUACAGAGGGUCAGGGCACACUUAUUGCAGCAGAGACCAGACACUUUGCCACCGUUUUCGACCCUAAGCAGGUCGCUACACAGAAAAGGGUCUGGCAGGCAGAGGUUAAGGACAAGAAGAGAGAUGAUAAAAGAGCUGCCAAGUUUGUCAACAACCAGCCCCACUACAGGGACCAGCUCCUACAGUAA